GUCACGUGCGGGCGUCAUCACGUGACGCGGACCACGUGACCCCACAGCGCUGGGUGGACGGUGUAGUAGGGUCUCCGGUAGUGACUUUGGAGCUUGCUGAGUGGCGGUGCCAUUGUGAUGAACGGGACGAGCCCCGACUCGGAGCGGCCUCCGGCGUCCGAGCCCGUGUGGGAGCGGCCCUGGUCGGUGGAGGAGAUCCGCCGCAGCAGCCAGAACUGGUCGCUGGCGGCCGACGCGGGUCUACUACAGUUUCUACAGGAAUUCUCACAGCAGACUAUCUCCAGGACCCAUGAAAUCAAGAAACAGGUGGAUGGAUUAAUUCAGGAGACCAAAGCGACACAUUGUCGUCUGCAUAAUGUCUUCAAUGACUUCCUCAUGCUGUCGAAUACCCAGUUCAUUGAGAAUCGGGUAUACGAUGAAGAAGUGGAGGAGCAGGCACUCAAGGCUGAGGCCGAGAAAACCCAACAGGAGAAGACUCGGGAACAGAAGGAAGUAGACCUGAUCCCUAAAGUCCGGGAGGCUGUGAACUAUGGCUUACAGGUGCUGGACAGUGCCUUUGAGCAACUUGACAUAAAGGCAGGGAACUCGGACUCUGAAGAAGAUGAUGCCAAUGAGCGGGUGGAACUGAUCCUUGAACCAAAGGACCUCUACAUUGACCGCCCUUUGCCCUAUCUCAUCGGGUCAAAGCUCUUCAUGGAACAGGAAGAUGUAGGGCUUGGAGAGCUCUCCAGUGAAGAAGGCUCUGUAGGCAGCAACCGGGGAAGUAUUGUGGACAGUGAAGAAGAGAAAGAAGAGGAGGAAUCAGAUGAAGAUUUUGCUAGUCGAAGUGACAACGAUCAAAACCAGCAUACCACACAGAUGAGUGAUGAAGAAGAGGAUGAUGAUGGUGACCUUUUUGUUGACUCUGAGAAGGAGGGGGAUGAUAUUGAGGACAUUGAGGAAAAUGCCAAGUCUAAAAGACCUACAUCUUUUGCUGAUGAGCUGGCAGCUCGGAUCAAAGGAGAUAUCUCAAAUCAGCUGAAAGAGGAACAGAUAGCAGAUGGAAAACUUCAGAAGACAAUGAAGGAGAAGAAGGAAAGGAGAACACCUCCAGAUGAUGAAGAGGACAGCUUGUUUCCACCCCCCAAGUUGACUGAUGAAGACUUCUCACCAUUUGGCUCUAGAGGUGGCCUCUUCAGGGAAGGACAGGGACUUUUUGAUGAUGAUGAAGAUGAGAGUGACCUCUUCAGGGAAGCCUCCCGGGAUCGGCAAGCACAAGCUCCCGUUAGUGAAGAAUCUCCAUCCCCCAAACCUGGAAAGAAAAUCCCAGCAGGGGCUGUUUCUGUAUUUUUAGGGUACACUGAUGUGUCUGGGUCCACUUCUGCUCCAUCAUUGAAGGAGUUCCAGAAACAGGAGCAGCCCACUCCAGGGAAGAGUCCACAUCUGCCAACUCCUGCUGGCCUCUUUGAUGAUGAUGAUAAUGACGAUGAUGAUAGCAACUUUUUUGUGCCAUCUUCUAACAAACCUUCCAAGACUGACAAAAUCAAGUCCACUGCCAUUAUCUUUGAUGACGAGGAAGAAGAUCUCUUCAGAGAAAAAGCAUCGGCUCCGCCAGAGGCUUCUGUGAGUCAGACAGAUGAACACAGAGAUAAAACGAUCACCUUCCCUUCCAGCAGAAAUCCAAAGCUCGUGUCAGAAACAAAGACUCAGAAAGGUUUGUUUUCAGAUGAAGAGGACUCUGAGGAUUUGUUUUCUUCUCAAAAUUCAAGUAAGUCAAAAAGUGCAUCACUUCUGUCCAGCCAGCUCCCCACAUCGGUCUCCCUUUUUGGUGAUGAAGAUGAAGAGGAUAAUCUUUUUGGGAGUGCCCCAGCUAAGAAGCAGGUUUCCUCUCUACAACCUCACAGUCAAGAGAAACCAAAACCUUCAGAGCAGCCCAAAAAGAAAGCAUCUGCCUUGUUAUUCAGCAGUGAUGAGGAGGACCAGUGGAAUAUUACUGAUUCACAUACCAAGUUAGCACCUGAAAGUAAGUCCAAAGGAGAACUAUGUGACUCAAGGACCAUCCAAGGCCAAGAAACAAAGGCUGUGAAAAAGACCAACCUAUUUGAGGAGGAUGAUGAUGAAGUUGAUCUGUUUGCUAUUGCGAAGGACAGCCAAAAGAAGACUCAGAGAGCGUCACUCCUCUUUGAAGAUGAAGCUGAUAGUGGAAACUCUCUGUUUGGCUUUCCUCCUGCAUCUGUUCCUCCUGCAACAAUGAAAAAAGAGAGCAUCUCUGAGGUGCCAUCGUUGUUCAGUGACGAGGAGGAGAAUGAGGUACCAUCCGGUGUGAAAUCUGUGGAUGUGAAGGUUGAUAAUGCCAAAGUGUCCCCAGAGGUGGGGAAUGCUGAUGUAGCUAACGUGGUAAAGAAGGAAGGACUUUUGACUGCAUCUGACCAGGAAGCAGUCGGGCCUUCUGAUUUAUUUUUUUCUUCAUCUCCAUUGGACAGAGGAACCAAGGGUAGAACCAAAACUGUCCUUAGUUUGUUUGAUGAGGAAGAUAAAGUGGAAGAUCAAAGCAACACCUGUGUGCCGCAGAAGGAAAUGGAAAAGGGUCUCAAAACUGAUGGCCGCCCCAAGAGCACAGGUGUCUUCCAGGAUGAAGAGCUACUUUUCAGCCACAAGCUGCAAAAGGACAAUGACCCAGAUGUUGAUCUUUUCUCUGGCACCAAAAAAAACAGGUUGUCAGUGCCCCGUGGUGGGAGCCUGUUUGGUGAUGAUGAAGAUGAUGAUCUUUUCAGCUCUGCCAAGACUCAGCCUGUGGUACCAGAAAAAAAGGGAUUACUGAAAAAAGACCACCCUGUUUCUUUAAAGAGCGAGAAAACUCCUGAGUCUACUCAAGGUAGCAAAGAGAAAAGCUUAUGGAAAGCAGAAACACCACAGGAUUCUUCAGGUCUCACUCCAUUUAAAAGCAGAGAGCCAUCCAGUCGGAUCGGGAAAAUACAAGCAAAUUUAGCCAUUAAUCCAGCAGCCUUGCUGCCCACAGUGGCUCUGCAGAUCCCAGGAACAAAGCCUCUUUCAUCUGAAUUAGCUUUUCCUUCAUCUGAACCUGGAAGGAGCCACGUCCCGGAACGUGUGCCCACUCUUCCUGGGAGUGAGGAGGCUGGUGUCAGUUUCGAUCUUCCAGCCCAGGCAGAUACCUUACACAGUGCAAACAAGAGUCGUGUUAAAGUGAGAGGAAAGCGUAGACCACAGACCCGCGCUGCGAGGCGGCUGGCUGCCCAGGAGUCCAGUGAAAGUGAGGACAUGAGUGUCUCCAGAGGACCUGCUGCACAGUUGGCCAGUAGUCCCAUCUUACCAAAUGGCCAUCAACCUCAUCUGCAGCCCGGGAUGGCCAGUGGAGAGAUCAGCUCUGAGAAAGCCGUGGCCCCAGCUGUUCUACCUUGGGAAAGCGGUCCUGCAUUGUCUGCAGUAGACAGAAGCUUUUUUGUGACUUCUCUGCCUCAGACUGGAAAUGAGGCUGACCUGUUUGAUUCGGGGGACAUUUUUCCACAGAGCCUAGGAUCACAAUCCAUGGAGGGAACGAAAGUCAAGGCAGCAGAGACCCCAGCCCACUUGUCAGGAGGAAGUAAAGAGAAGAACCUUGUGUUUCCUGUUCUCAGCGAGGCCAGCAGUGCCGAUGAUCUCUUCCAGACUGUCAAACCAAGACCAACAAAGAAAAGAAGCCCUUUCCCCCUCCUUGAAGAUGAGGAUGACCUCUUUGCAGAUCAGAAAGGCAAAAAGAAGGAGUUGAAACCUGACAGCCAUCAGGACAGCGUAUCAAAAACACAAGACAUUUUUGAGGAUGAUAUAUUUGCUACGGAAGCAGUUAAACCUUUUCAAAAAAAGAGAGAGAAGGAGAGAACUUUGGAACCCAAUUUAUUUGAUGAUAAUAUUGAUAUCUUUGCUGACUUAACUGUAAAACCCAAAGAAAAGUCCAAAAAGAAAGUGGAAGCCAAGUCUGUGUUUGAUGAUGAUACAGGUACAAAACUUAAACAUGAACAACGAUACAUAUUACCAAUGUUCAAAGCUGACUUGGGUAGAACUGGAAUACAGUUGCAUACAACAUAUUCCAGAGGAAUUAGAAAAGUCAAAGUAAUGGAUAACAGAAAAGAGCCUCCAUUCUUCAAUGAAGAUAACGUGGGACCAUUUUACUUCAAACUUCCUUUCUAUGACACCAUGGAACUCUUCAUCGAAACAUUGACUGGAACAUGUUUUGAACUAAGAGUUUCACCCUUUGAAGCUGUUAUCUCUGUGAAAGGAAAAAUUCAAAGAUUGGAAGGUAUUCCCAUCUGUCAGCAGCACUUAAUUUGGAAUAACAUGGAGCUUGAAGAUGAUUAUUGCUUGAAUGAUUACAACAUUUCAGAAGGUUGUACCUUGAAGCUGGUAUUGGCUAUGCGUGGUGGACCGAUAAGUACUAGAAAAGUUCUUGUGGAAGACCCACUUAGGGAGCUUGCUGAGUACAUGGAUUCCAGUCGGGACGAGGUCUGGGAAAAGACCUCUUGCAACAAACAAGUUACAUUUUUGGUAUACCGAGAAGGAGAUCAAUUGAAUUUCUUUCGUGUAGUAGAUAGGGGAGAUGGCACUUUAACACCGUUAUCUGAAUCUUUAAGUGGUGGCUCUGUGUAUAAUUUGUAUACAGACGAGGAUGAAGAAGCUGAGCCUUCUCCUUCUGGGCAACAGAUCAUUGAAAAUUCGAUAACUAUGAAUAAGAUGAAGCUGCUGAAGGCUAAGAUGGAGAACAUGAACCUCAGCAAAAAGCCUAAGAAAGUUGUCAAGCUAAAACCUCGUCCACCUGUAGCCCCUCGACCUCCCAGCAGUUCCACAGCAGCAGCCCGGCACCGACUGUUAAGAGUCCUGCCUCACAUCGGGCAAUCUUGUUUACCUUCUCCUGGCAAUGCAUAUCUCCCUGAAACAUCCAGGAAUGCAGGCUCAAGUCCUGCAGCAGCUCAGGCCCCUGCGGAUAGACCAGUAUCAUCUCUCAGAAACGAACUGCUGAAGGAGGAUGAUUGGGAGAUUAACACACUGUCUCAUCCCACGGGUAGCAUCAGACUGCUACCUCAGAUGACCCACAUAGAAGUGGAAAAUGACAAAGAGCUUGCAGAUUCCGUACUUCAUCUUGGAUCAUCCCUGCCUAGGCGGACAAAGCACCUUUCAGGGAACUUGCCAUCUAACAAUGAGGAUGAUGUCUUAUUUCCACCGUCAGAAGAGUGUGUAUCUGAAGAGUUGCUCCUGACGGAAGUAGGUCCUUUUGCCCCAUUUGCAGAAGGAAAUGAUGUCGAGCACUCGAGCAGUGGUGUAGAAGGCAUAGGGAAGGUAACUCCAGAGUUCCCACUCGCUAAAGGUGAUAGAGGGCUGAGAGCCGCAGAGCAGCCUCUGAACCAUGUGGCAAGAGUGUUGAGCAGUGACCCAGUAGACAAUGCAAUUCUUAACCACCGAGAGUCGAGCUCUCACAAGAACAGACUCCUGUCGCCACUUCUCUGUGCUGCACCAGUGUCACUACAUAAUUCUCUGGUGAAGCCACAGAGACAGUCAAAAUGUUUUGAGUCUGGCAACCCCUCAGCGCCUACUUCACAAAAUGCCCUGCGGGAAUUGGACAUUCGAACCAUAGCCGAUUCUUCUUUCUCUAGGACUGCUCGCUUUCGUGGUGUUAAAGUCGAUUCUCCUGGGAAAAGAUCUGAUGUUAUUUCCAAAGUCGAAGCUCGAGAUAUCACAGAAAUGGCUAACAAAGCUUCCAAAGAGCCUGUUGGUUGUGUAAAUAAUGGCUUUUUGGCUUCACUGGCACGGAGUGCAAGCAGAGACAGUUUGCAGAGCACGCGUGGGGCAGGCAGGCUUCGGCCCUCUGGAAUUGGGUUGUCUACAAACUUCCAGCACUUCCAGGAUGAAAACGCUAGGAAAAGUUCUCCCCAGUUAGAACCUACAGAUUUUUUUCUAUCUGCUCGUGGUAUUGGAAUGAGUGGAAAUAAUGCAGCAGCAGGGAAAAGAGUAGGCAUCAAGAGCUGCCAACAACCCAUGACUCCUCAAACUAGAGCCUAUGACAUCUGCUGCUGUUUCCUCACCCUGGGAGAAAGCACCCACCACCUUCCACCUGUGAAAGCCCCUCUUCAAACAAAGAAGAAAAUAACGAAACAUUGUUUUCUUUGUGGAAAGAAAACAGGACUGGCCACUAGCUUCGAAUGCAGAUGUGGAAACAACUUCUGUGCAUCUCAUCGCUAUGCAGAAACUCAUGGCUGCACCUAUGACUACAAGAGUGCAGGGAGGAGAUACUUGCAGGAGGCAAACCCUGUGGUCAAUGCACCAAAACUUCCCAAAAUCUAACUCUUCUCUGCGCUUUACUGCUCUGCCUGAGGAAUCCUAUUAUAUUGACAGAAGAAAUAUUGUUUAGACUGCAUUAUUUUUGUUCGACUCCAAAAGAUUUGCCAAAUAACAAGAGCACACAGUGCAUACUGUUGGAGAAUGAAAAUGCCUAUUGUAUUGAUGUCUUUAUUCUUUGGUGAAUCAAAAGUUCUAAAAGUAGUUUUAAAAACUUUACACUAUAAUGAUUUAGUUUUGUUAUUGCAUGUCUGUGUUAAGUAUUUUAUAUUUGAGAUUGGAAUUAUUUAUUAGACAAAUCUUCAAAAGAUGCACUUUAGGAAGUUACCAUAGGCUAAGUAACCAGGCUUCCAUGUUGUACAGAAAUGAGUGUUUCUGUAAUGGCUCUCUUCAAACUGAGCACAUUUUGUCCAUUUUUCUUUCUUUUCUUGUGGGGAUGGGGUAGAUGGAAUUUUUUCUUUUUAUAAAUCCCACGUGUGAAAGUUUAUGAGGUUUACUAGCAGGUUCUUUUUUAAAGAACAUUUGUUUCUCCAGUGUGAUUUUUAACACAUAUAUUUCUUCCAUAUUCAGAUUGGCAUUCAUAUAUGUAUCCAUUCUGUAGAACACAUCAUGUUAAUAUAGUAUACAUUUCUUAAAAUACUACUUUUUAAAUGGUAGUUUUAAAAUAACAGUGUCUUCCUUAUUGCCAUUGAAAACAGAGACUAACUUUUCACUUUUCAAAAAUGGCUAUAUAUAUUUUUAAAAGUCUCACAAAUUUGGUUUAUUUUUAUUACAUAUUGAGUGCUUUUGCAGGGGAAAAUAAUAUUCAAAUAAAUAUUCAACUUCAAAAUGA